CCCCUCCUCACCUCUCCUCCCCCCUCCUCACCAGACACGCUCCUUUGGUCACCUCGCUACAUAUCGUUGCCAUCACUCAGUAUCACUUACGCUAGCUCAGAGCUCGACGCUCAGCAGCGAGUCUCUUCUCUCCUCGACUCAUAGCCUCAUCCUUUUCACUUCAGCCUACGCUCGGCACCACACGCUCCUUACCUUUGACGACAUGACGACAGGACGCGAUGAUAUGACUUUAUGACGACACUCAGGCCGCCACUUCACGCCACGACGCGCUCCUUCGAAGUGGCAGGUCCACUUUCAGAAACCUCAGCAUUGGAUGAAGAGCAUAGGCGUCUAGCCGGCCAUGAUCUCGAGCGCGACGACUUCAAGGGCCUCGAGCCCAUCAACAUCGCGUGCGCCUCAAACUUCGCCGUCGAGGCAUUCGUCGCUGCAUACUGCAGGACGUCUCGCGGAGCUCAAGAAUACAAUCACCGCCUCAACGAGAGGCUCGGCGCUCCCCCUCCUCACAUCAUCGGUCUCAAUGGCACCACGUGUCUGCCCACGCACCUGGCGACCGUCACCCACGCCGGUGGGUGUAUGCGCACAGACCAGCAGACGGCCAUUGAGAGGAAGGAGCUGGCGGAGAAGAUGAUGGCGGGAGGUGUAGCGAUGACUCUGGUGAGCAACAAAGGCGCCGGCGCGAGAGAGGGCAAUCUCAACCUCUACGCUCCGAGGUGGUUCGUCGACAACGGCCACCACAAGAUCCCUCUGCCUCCGGUGACGUGCGACCGCCUCCAGGCAGAGGGGCCACUGCCGGACCGCUCAAGCGCGCUGAUCAAGAUCGUUCCUCGCCACGCCUCCUCAAUCAACGCCAUGGGCGCAUUCGAGGACGUCCUGUGGCUCAAGGUGUGGGCGAUCCAGAUCGAAGUGCGGGGUCGCGUGGCCACGAUGGAAUGGCCAUACUUUCCAACCGUCUCCGUCCCUGCCAGCGCCUUCAUUGCGUCGGCGAAGGCAGGCACCGGCCACCCAUCCCUCGAAGUCAUCGCCACUCCCGACACGUCCGGUCUCACGCCAGCCAGGGACUGGCCGAUCUCUGCCCUGCGCGCCGAUAGACCGGCAGAAUGGAGCAGGGAGAGGGAUGUACAGACGAUUUCCCUCGCGCUCGGUACUCUGCGCGCCUCCGUCUGGAAGCAGGCGCAAAAGACCUCCGAAGACACUUGA